CCAAGGUCUAGUAGAAGGGACAGUGACCCUCCAGUGCAGAGAUCAGGGUGACAGCAGGCACACGUCAGCCUUUGCUGAAAUACAUUCCUCAGGGGGACAUCCUGGGAGGAACAGAGAAAAGGGAGAGGAAGCAGGGCAGGGGCACCAGGGCUCGCAGUCCCUGGGAGGGGGAUGUGCAUACAGAGCCACUGCCCGAGGACUGGCAGCGCAGGGCAGAUCAAAAGGUGGGCGCGCGGUUCCAGGCUGCGGCGUAAACGGGGGAUGUUUGGGCCCCACUGCUCCUGGCACACACUUCCCUCCAGAGGUGGUCCCGGUUUUACCCCAACGCACCCCGCCCCCAGUCUGGGCUGAGCCCGCGUGAGGCCGCGGGGGCGUCCCCGGCGCCUUCCUGCUCUGCCCUUAUAUGGUAACCCGGGGGCCUGGCCAGGCUACUUAAGGCCGGGCUGCGGAGGGCGCCGCCGGAGCCAACGGGACUGGGACGGCGGGGCCUCGCGCAGAGCAGGGGUAGCAGGAGGCGUGGGGACGCAGAGAAGGAGCGCAGGAAGAGGCCGGCGCCAUGGGGCUGGAAGAGGCCCGCGAGCUGGAGUGCGCGGCGCUGGGGGCGCUGCUGCGGGAGCCGCGGGAGGCCGAGCGCACGCUGCUGCUCGACUGCCGCCCCUUCCUGGCCUUCUGCCGGCGCCACGUGCGCACCGCGCGGCCGGUGCCCUGGAACACCAUGCUGCGGCGCCGCGCUCGCGGCCCCCCGGCCGCUGCCCUCGCCUGUCUGCUGCCGGAUCGCGCGCUGCGGGCGCGCCUGGCCCGCGGGGAGCUGGCGCGGGCCGUGGUGCUGGACCAGGCCAGUGCCUCGCUUGCCACAUUGCCACACGAUUGCCCUGCCCGGGUGCUGCUGGCUGCGCUGCUGCACGAGACCCACGCCGGGCCCACCACUGUGUGCUUCCUUCGAGGAGGCUUCGAUGCCUUCCAGGCCUGCUGUCCUGACCUGUGCUCCGAGUCCCCCGCCCCAGCGAUGCCUCCUGCUGGGGCAGAAAGCAGCCGCUCAGACCCCAGGGUUCCCUUCUAUGACCAGGGUGGCCCUGUGGAGAUCUUGCCCUACCUCUUCCUGGGCAGCUGCAGCCACUCAUCGGAUCUGCAGGGCCUGCAGGCCUGUGGCAUCACCGCUGUCCUCAACGUCUCCGCCAGCUGCCCCAACCACUUCGAGGGCCUUCUGCGCUACAAGAGCAUCCCGGUGGAGGACAACCAGAUGGUGGAGAUCAGUGCCUGGUUUCAGGAGGCCAUAGGCUUCAUCGAUUCUGUGAAGAACAGUGGGGGCCGGGUGCUGGUGCACUGCCAGGCGGGCAUCUCCCGCUCUGCCACCAUCUGCCUGGCAUACCUGAUACAGAGCCACCGCGUGCGGCUGGAUGAGGCCUUUGACUUCGUUAAGCAACGCCGGGGGGUCAUCUCCCCCAAUUUCAGUUUCAUGGGGCAGCUGCUACAGUUUGAGACUCAGGUGCUAUGUCACUGAGGUGCACACAGCUGUGGUUCCAGGGGAGCUGACCUGGGACAGCUAGGCUGUCCUUGGGGGCCCCGCAGCCCCCCUCACCUCAGGGAGAACUGCCCCUUCCUCGGAGUUUGGAAAGCUCCCAGGUAGGGGCGCUGGAAGUACAGGAAUGCUGGACUCUCACCUGGUGCUCUUCUGCUAGGGGUCUGAGGGCUGGCCCUCAUCUGGGGACAAGAGUGAGGGUUUGUCUACUUCCCUCCUCCCCCAUCCUCUGGCAGAAACUAACUGGACUUUACACCCAUGGACCCAGUGGCCCCACCACUGUGUUGAAGCCCUUGGCAGCCUGAGAGCCCAAGGGACAAGCUGUGACAACCAGGAGCCCCAUCCAGGGUGGCGCACCCCACGGCCUGGAGCCUGAGCCCCUGCUCCUAAGGAGCUGGGCUUGGAGAACAGACGCGCCCCUUGUGUGGACCUCUUGCUUGCGUGUGUGUAUUUGAGCAUUUCACGCCCUGUUGGCGCUGGAAAGUUAUUUGUGUUCAACUGAUAUUUAACACUCCCUCCCCUACUUCCUCCCGCCCCGUGGGCGGGGGUUGGAAACUUAGCACUUUAUAUUUAUACAGAACCUUGAGAAUAUGCCAAUAAAAUAUUGUUUUGUUUAA